AUGGCAGAUCUGAGCGUCUACAUAACGUCGGAGCUCACCUCCUCCGAGAGAAGGGUAUCCCCACAAUGGUCUGUGGAGCACUUCAAGAAGAAGAUGGAACUGAUUACUGGUAUUCCACCCGAAUCGCAAAGGAUAUGGGUAUACAAGAGAAGAGAGACGAACGAGCGCUUUGAAUUGAAAAUUCCGGAAAAACCAGACGAAUACACCUUUCUCUCAGAGUUCACGAUUGUGCCGUUCACGAGGAUAGAUAUAGAGGAUGUGAGGCCAGACUCUGAAUUGAAGGAACUGAGUGAAAACUCCAGUGAAACUCAGUACAAAAUGGAGGAUGAAGAUUACGACAAGAGAUCGAACACUGUGAGAAGGUGGAAACAAGAGAAGGGAUUGGGAAGAUUUGAUCCUGAGUAUGAGUCCAGAAGACAGGCAGUAAUAGAGUCAAAUAAGCAUGCCGCGUCGGCCAUAAAAGUCGGUCUCAGAUGCAGAAUAUUGAACUCUGAUAUUGAAAGGAGGGGAACGGUUCGGUAUACAGGCAUUGUACCCGAGAUUGACAACGAGAUUUCAUGGGUGGGUGUGGAAUUAGACGAGCCUUAUGGAAAGAACAAUGGCUCUAUCAAGGGCAAGCGAUACUUCACUUGCAAAGAUGGUUAUGGGUCGUUUGUAAAGGCCAUCAACGUGGAGGUUGGUGAUUUUGAGCCCGAGGAUCCAUUCGAUCUAGAUGACGAUGAACUAUAA